CAACCAAAGCCCAAUGGAUGAACUGGACCGCUCCCCCGCGUGAAUAGAUUGGGAGGCACACUACCCGACCCAGAACAACCCGGAACGCCGCACGACAAUAUAGCCAAGGCGCCUUACUACUCCUCAUUAUUAUCCCCGACGGGCCACGCUCCAACGUGGUUCCCGACAGAGCUGUGGGUGUGGUGUCGUUGCAGCGCUGCUCCAAGCGCCGUCCACUUGGGGCUCAUCUCUGGUGCGCAAUAAUAGCCUGUGCGGGCGCCUGUGAGGGGGUGUGCGUCAACAAAAAGGAAGGCCGAAAAAAAAAAAACCAGCCGACGGCUCGCCAGAAAUCUCCGUCCCGACGCGCGCUUCGAAGCUGGCCUGUCUACCCAUCCCAUCCCAACCCAACACCGGAGGCCGGGACCGGACUGAAUAGGGACAUUCCGCGGCUAUUCGGAUUGAGGUUUUUUUUUUUUUGCUUCUGCGCCCGUUAGCCCACUCUACACUACGCGCCUGGUCGGCCAGUGGAGGGGGGGUGAAGGACCAGAGCGCGAGAGCAACACCAGCGGGAACGACGGAAAGGGCGGGGGGGGACCAUGUUCGACUUUCCAGAAGCCAAAAGGGUGCGGAGGGAGAAGCUCUACGAUUCCGAGUCUGAAUCCGAAUCGGGCGGCCCAGAAGAUGCUGCUGCCCAGGCGAAGCUGCAGGAGCGCCUCUCCUCGCUUCUCUCCUUUGACGUCGCCCCGGCUGUCGUUGAAGAAGCAGAGGAAGCCAGCGCGCCACGGGUCGGGGAGCCGGACGGCGAGCCCGCCGCGGCGCCGGCCGACGAGGCCUUUGAGUUCAAGCUCUUCUCGGCGCCCAAGGUCCCCGGCGGUGGCGGCGGGCCCGCGCCCGUGGCCAAGGUCGUGCUGGCGCCUGCCGACACGGCCGCCGACCGGGCCGGCGGCGGCGGGGGGUCUGGCGACGGCGGCUUCGUGGUGCCCCGGCGGCCGCUGAGCCACUACGUCGCGGCGGAGCCGAGCGUGGAGCAGAGGGCGCAGUGGGAGCUGUCGGCGGUCACGGGCGACGAGGUCCUGGCGAGAUCCACGCAGCGCUGCUGGGGGCUCGAGAAGCCCUGGAGGGUGACCAGGAUCGUCAUCUCGGCGGGUGGGGGCAGGAGAGGCGGCGGCGGCGGCGGCCCCGAGGCUAGCACUGCUACUGCUGUCAGCGGCUCGUCAUCUUCUGCGGCUGCAGCCGGUGAAGGCAAGAAGAAGCGGCCGGGGAAGCGGAGGAGGAUAGCGAUGCGGGUCAAGACCAAGGCGCUCAAGGAGGAGCAGGCGAAGCAGCAGACCAAAGAGGAGCACCUCAAGGAGAAGAAGAAGCGGCUCAACCGCGAGAAGCAGCUCAAGAGAAGACAAAAGGAGAGGGAACGGAAACAGGCGUUGCGAGGCGAGGCCGGCGAUGGUGGCGGCAGCACACAGGCGGCUUCUGAGAAUGGAGAGGCGGACGCCUAGGAGUUGGGGCUGCGAGAGUGAUGUUUCAAUGCUACAAGGCCGUGUUUACUUUAUUGAUCUACUUUUUAGUUGUUUUCUCUCUUCAAUAGUCUGACAGGUGUAGCUAGCUGGGAGCAGGCUGGCGCCACAAGUGCCUGUCUACGCACCGCCACAAUCCAGGCGCCACAGGAUGACAUAGCACAUGCAAAUCGACCCUGGUCCGCCUGGAUUGGAACCUGAAACCUGAAACACAACGUCACGCAG